AUGAGUGUACACCCACAACUAUGGCGACGGAGUCUACGCUCCCCAACCACCAAGGUUAUCGCCAUCAUAGUUACAGUGUUAAUACUCCUUCACAACCUUCCUUUACGAAAUUUUUACGUCUUCUCACGGGAGAGAAUCGUUCAUAUCAAUACUAUUCCAGACCCACCAAAACACCCGAUCGAUCAGUUAAUACACGAACAGCGUCUCCGAUACAAGGAAUUGUUAAAGCGACAAUCAAAGAGCCCUGAGGAAGCUAUCACCAACUAUAAACUUCGGUAUAACAGGAGCCCACCUUCUGGCUUCGCAGAUUGGGUUCGGUAUGCCUUGCAGCAAAACUCCACCAUUAUUGAUGAUUUCGACACUAUUGAAAAGGUACUACAACCCUUUCGACAACUAGGGCUGGAACACCUCGAAUCCAGGAUCGAAUCAGCACGUAGGGCAGGCUCACGGCUGCAAACUGUCUCGAUAAAAAAUGGAACUACAGAAUUGGCAGGCCUACCAAUCAUGGAAUCAUUGAAGGACGUUCUGCAAAACCUUCCCGAUAUGACGUUUCUACUGAAUGAGCUCGACGAACCGCGAGUUCUAGGGUCUCAGCCAGAAAAAGAUGAUAUCACCUUUCACAAUUAUGGGCGGCGACCUUCCUGGGAAAGAUUGACAGCAUUAUGCCAAAAGACUGAUAGUGGCGAGUUAGAACAGCAACAACACCCAUACUUCUUAGAGUCGACCAAAACUUCCCUAGAUCUAUGUCGCAACCCGGCCUAUCAGGAUCAGUAUGGAAUGUUCACUUCGCCGUGCACUUUCGUCGCUACAGAGGGUCUAGUUCCAGUGUUCUCAGUGGCCCGGGUCUCCACGAUGCGCGACGUCCUAGUUCCUGGGCACGACUAUCACAAUGAAGGGUUUCUAAACAAAAACGAUGUCGAUUCCCAAAAUUUUACUUCUAAGGAGAACAAGCUGUACUGGAGAGGCUCAAAUACAGGCACAUAUGCAAGCCCACAAAUGAAAUGGGAAACAAAUCACCGAGCUCGGUUCAUGCUAAAAGUCCGAAAUAAUACCGACCUUUUUGAUGUUGGUAUGACGGCUUAUAUACAGUGCGACUGGGAUAUAUGCCAGGCCAUGGAGCAGGCCCUAGGGCUUCCACCAAGAGCCGACAAAAACGCAUCUUUCAAGUACAAAUUCGUCAUGGAUAUGGACGGGAAUGGUUACUCGGGGCGAUUCUAUCGGCUCUUGCAGAGUAACAGCGUUGUGUUCAAACAGACGCUGGUAGAGCAAUGGCAUGAUGAACGCGUUAUUCCAUGGGUUCAUUACAUUCCCGUCACUAUCGGGUUGGAUGAAAUUGAGGAUCUUGUCAGAUUUUUCUCGACCGAAGGUGCCCGACAAGCAGAAGAAAUUGCGGCCGAGAGUACUUCCUGGGUAAAAGUUGCCCUGCGGCCGAUAGACAUGACGAUUUACGAAUACAGACUACUACUAGAGUACGCUGCUCUAUUUGAGAAAACGGGUUGA